GGGCCAGGGCAAUGUUCCGCACCGCCGUGAUGAUGGCGGCCAGCCUGGCGCUGACCGGGGCCGUGGUGGCGCACGCCUACUACCUCAAACACCAGUUCUACCCGACUGUGGUGUAUCUGACCAAGUCCAGCCCCAGCAUGGCCGUGCUGUACAUCCAGGCCUUCGUCCUUGUCUUCCUCCUGGGCAAGGUGAUGGGCAAGGUGUUCUUCGGGCAGCUGAGGGCGGCAGAGAUGGAGCACCUUCUGGAACGGUCCUGGUAUGCCGUGACCGAGACUUGUCUGGCCUUCACCGUGUUUCGGGACGACUUCAGCCCCCGCUUCGUGGCGCUCUUCACUCUCCUCCUCUUCCUCAAAUGCUUCCACUGGCUGGCCGAGGACCGUGUGGACUUUAUGGAACGCAGUCCCAACAUCUCCUGGCUCUUCCACUGCCGCAUUGUGUCCCUCAUGUUCCUCCUGGGCACUCUGGACUUCCUGUUCGUCAGCCACGCCUAUCACAGCACGCUGACCCGUGGGGCCUCUGUGCAGCUGGUGUUUGGCUUCGAGUACGCCAUCCUGAUGACCAUGGUGCUCACCAUCUUCAUCAAGUACGUGCUGCACUCCGUGGACCUCCAGAGCGAGAACCCCUGGGACAACAAGGCCGUGUACAUGCUCUACACGGAGCUGUUCACAGGCUUCAUCAAGGUCCUGCUGUACAUGGCCUUCAUGACCAUCAUGAUCAAGGUGCACACCUUCCCGCUGUUUGCCAUCCGGCCCAUGUACUUGGCCAUGAGGCAGUUCAAGAAAGCUGUGACAGACGCCAUCAUGUCUCGCCGAGCCAUCCGCAACAUGAACACUCUGUACCCAGACGCCACCCCAGAGGAGCUCCAGGCGACAGACAACGUGUGCAUCAUCUGCCGGGAAGAGAUGGUGACCGGGGCCAAGAGGCUGCCCUGCAACCACAUCUUCCACACCAGCUGCCUGCGCUCCUGGUUCCAGCGGCAGCAGACCUGCCCCACCUGCCGCAUGGAUGUGCUGCGGGCCUCGCUGCCGGCCCAGUCGCCGCCCCCUGAGCCUGCGGAGCAGGGGCCGCCCCCCGCCCCCCACCCCCCACCCCUGCUGCCCCAGCCCCCGAACUUCCCCCAGGGCCUCCUGCCGCCCUUCCCCCCAGGCAUGUUCCCGCUGUGGCCCCCCGUGGGCCCCUUUGCGCCUGUCCCGCCACCCCCCAGCUCAGGGGAGGCCGCGGUUCCUCCAUCCUCCAGUGCAGCAGCCCUUGCUGGGCCCAGUGGAGCAGCCUCCGCUGCCGGCCCCAGUGCCACUGCCCCUGCCCCGGCGCCUGGCACUGGCCCCGCCCCCGAGGCCGGCCCUGCCCCCGGCUUCCCUUUCCCCCCUCCUUGGAUGGGCAUGCCGCUGCCUCCGCCCUUCGCCUUCCCCCCAAUGCCCGUGCCCCCCGCGGGCUUCGCCGGGCUGACCCCGGAGGAGCUGCGGGCUCUGGAGGGCCAUGAGCGGCAGCACCUGGAGGCCCGGCUGCAGAGCCUGCGCAACAUCCACACGCUGCUGGACGCCGCCAUGCUGCAGAUCAACCAGUACCUCACUGUGCUGGCCUCCCUGGGGCCCCCCCGGCCUGCCCCUGCCGCGAGCCCCCCUGAGGAGGCUGCGCCCACGGUGGCCGCCGCCGCCUCCACCAGCCUCCCCAGCUCCGAGGCCACCACCCCAUCGCCAGGAGCCUCCCCAGCAGCCCCGGAGACAGAAAAGCCAGCAGCCCCGGAGUCGGUGGGCACCGAGGAGCUGCCCGAGGACGGAGAGCCAGACGCUGCCGAGCUGCGCCGCCGCCGCCUGCAGAAGCUGGAGUCCCCUGUGGCCCACUGACACUGCCCGGCCCCGCCCCCGCCCCGCCACCAAGUGCCAGCUCCCUCUGCGUGCACAGGGAGUAGGAACCCAGCCCUGAGAAGAGGCAGCAGCGUCCCCUAGGCCGAGUGGAGGCGGCCCAGGCUCCCGGCUGAGUGCUGCAGCCGGCCCUGGCGCGUGGCGCCCUCCUCGGCCACUCAGCCCUGCGUUCACGGGGGCCCGGGGGGCCGAGGUAUUGGCCUCUGAGCAGCUCCCCUCUCCCUCGCCCUUUUCCGGAAGAAGGGGCGCCCCUCUGUGCCCUACUUGGGCGUGGAGUCGCGCUGCAGUGCCGAACAGUAUUAGCUCCCGUCCCCAAGUGUGGACCAGAGGGGCCGGAGACGGCGGGGACCCGCGCCGGCCACCGUAAGACUGCUACUCCCUCCCUUCCUCGGCCCUCCCCAGGAGUCCCUUGUGGUGGCCGCACCCCCGUGCCCUGUGGCAUUUCUGCGUCUUAUUGGCAACCACACAACUCAGGGAAAGGAGUGCCGGGGUGGGGGCAGGUGGGCAGCGGCACCGAGGGACCCCGGCCCGCCCCCCCAGGCCCUUUCCCGCCCUGCAGCUUCUCAGGUGAGACCCAGCGCCAUCUCACCCAGCAGCCACUGCCCAGCCGCGCCCCGGGCUGAGGGCUAGUGUGCCUGCCCUGCGACCCCCGGGAGGCCCCCCAACGUGCAGAGCUUUGCCUGAGUUUGGAAGAAUCAGAAUUCCUUCUCUACCUGGUGUCUUUUGGCUUCAGUUUUUGUCUUUGGGUGUGAAGGCUGACCCCUGGGGACGAGGGGCAGGAUGUGGGAGCCAGGCUUCCCAGUUGAGAGGCGGCCCUGGGCCGGGCCCCCAGGAGCCGAGGUCUACCCACCCCAGCUCUCCCUCCCCCUCGGUUUUGUGUUACAAGAGUUGCUGGAGACAGUUUCAAAUGAUUAUUUAAUUUGUAAAUAUUGUACAAAUUUUAAUAGCUUAAAUUGUAUAUACGGCCAAUAAAAACAUGCAUUAACACUUGG